AUGGGUUCCAUCUACCGAUCGGAGCACAUGAAAUUGUGCCAAAUCUUCUUCCAAUCCGAAUCCGCCUAUCAAUGUGUCGCCGAACUUGGAGAGCUAGGAAUGGCUCAAUUUAUUGACUUGAACGAGGAACAGAACUCGUACCAGAGAAAGUUUGUGAAUGAAGUUAGAAGAUGUGAAGAGAUGGAUAGAAAGAUUACGUUCGUUGAGGAUGAAAUCAACAAAGAUCUGGUGCCAAUCCCAGACUACAAUGACCAUAUCCCAGCUCCUCAACCAAAACACAUGGGAGAAAUGGAAGCCAACUUGGAGAAACUCGAAGAAGAACUUCUUCAAAUCAACAAGAACACGAAAACUCUCAAGACCAACCAUAUUCAAUUGCUUGAGAUGAAAGCUGUCUUGGAGCAUGUUACGUCUUUGAUGGACCAUCAGAGCAAGAGAGAAGCAGCAAUGUCCAUCUCCGAAGCUGCUCGCGGAGAGGCUGGGCCAUUUAGUGUCGGAUUGAAGCAAGAGUUUGAUAAGCCAGUCAGAGAUGAAAAUGAGCUUAAAUUCGUCACCGGAGUCAUCAAACGUGCCAAGAGUAUUGCCUUUGAGCGUUUCCUCUGGAGACUCUCCCGUGCUAAAGUGUUCGCCAAGUUUGUUCAAAUCCAAGAGAAAACUGACCUCUUUUCUCAUGAAUAUGAAGACAAAUGCGUUUUCAUUCUCUUCUUCUCCGGAGAACAACUUCGUUCCAAAGUCAAGAAGAUCUGUGACGGAUUCCAAGCCAAGUGCUACACAGUUCCAGAGAAUCCAGCCGAGAGAACCAAACUCUUGAAUAACAUUAAGAUCCAAGCCAAUGAUAUGAAAGCUGUUAUUGAGAAGACUUUGGAUUAUCGUGCAAAGUGUAUUCAUACCGCAGCUGGAAACUUGAGAAAAUGGGGAAUUAUGCUUUUGAAGGUCAAGUCAAUCUUCCAUACUCUCAACAUGUUCUCCGUUGAUGUCACUCAAAAAUGUUUGAUUGCUGAAUGCUGGGUACCAGAAGCUGAUAUUGCUCAAGUGAAGAACUCUCUCCACAUGGGAACCAUCCACUCUGGAUCUUCAGUUCCAGCUAUUCUCAAUGAAAUGGAAACUGAGAAAUAUCCACCAACCUACUUCAAACUCAACAAAUUCACUCAAGGAUUCCAAAAUAUUGUUGAUGCUUACGGAAUCGCCAGUUACAGAGAAGUCAACCCAGCUCCAUGGACUAUCAUAUCUUUCCCAUUCCUUUUCGCCGUCAUGUUCGGAGAUGCUGGGCACGGAAUUAUCAUGUUGCUGGCUGCUGCUGGGUUCGUAAUUUUUGAAAAGAAGCUUAUAUCGAUGAAAAUCAAGGAUGAGAUCUUUAAUACUUUCUUCGGAGGUCGAUAUGUUGUAUUGCUCAUGGGAAUGUUCGCCAUUUACACUGGAUUAAUCUACAACGACUUCUAUUCCAAAUCCAUCAACAUGUUCGGAUCCAGCUGGACAAACCCAUACCCAAAGUCUCUUCUAGAGCAAAUGGACAAACAAGGAGCUGAAUCUAAAACCGAGCUCUCUUUGACAUUCCCACCAGAAAACGCUUUCGAUCACGGAUAUGGACCUUAUCCAUUCGGAGUUGAUCCAGUCUGGAAUCUGGCUACCAACAGAUUGAACUUCUUGAAUCCAAUGAAAAUGAAAACAUCUAUUCUCCUUGGUAUUUCUCAAAUGGCCUUUGGAAUUCUCCUUUCUCUCAUGAAUCAUAUCGGAAAUCGAUCCGUCGUCGACAUUAUCUUCGUUUUCAUUCCACAAUGCCUGUUCCUCGGUUGUAUUUUCGUCUACCUCUGUUUGCAAGUCAUCAUGAAGUGGAUAUUUUUCUAUGUCAAACCAGCCAUCAUCUUCGGAAAGUUCUAUCCAGGAUCCAAUUGUGCCCCGUCUCUUCUCAUUGGUCUUAUCAACAUGUUCAUGGUUAAGAGCAGAGAUCCAACAUUCGCAUUCGAUAUCAAUAACGGAAAAGGAAAAUACAACGCCACUUUGGACGACGGAACCAAAUACACCUACACCGACUACGAUCAAUGUUAUCUUCAACAAUGGUAUCCAAACCAAUCUCUCGUUGAGAUUAUUCUUCUUUUGAUUGCCGUCGUUUCUGUGCCUGUUAUGCUUCUUGUAAAGCCAUUCUAUAUCCGUUGGAGACAUAGCCGCGGACUUCCAGUCGAUUUGGGACAUGGACCAGAAGAUGAACAUGGAGAGUUCAACUUUGGAGAUGUCAUGGUCCAUCAAGCAAUUCACACCAUUGAAUUCGUCCUCGGAUGUGUUUCCCACACUGCUUCAUAUCUCCGUCUUUGGGCUCUUUCUCUUGCUCACGCUCAGCUUUCCGAUGUUUUGUGGACCAUGGUGCUUCGUAUGUCUUUGAAAAUGGGAGGAUGGGGAGGAUCUGCUGCGGUCACUAUAAUUUUCUACUUCAUUUUCUCGAUUCUCUCCGUGUGUAUUCUGAUUCUUAUGGAGGGUCUUUCCGCUUUCCUUCACGCAAUUCGUCUUCAUUGGGUCGAGUUCCAAUCGAAAUUCUACGGCGGAACUGGAAUUCAAUUCGAGCCAUUUAGUUUCACUAAGAUCAUUCGUGUUUACGAAGGACUUGAUCAGUGA